UCUACAUAAAUCCUAUUGAUUUUUAUCCGUUUAUUUUAUUUUUCUUACCUAAAUUCCGAAAAAUGUUGUAUAAAAUGUUUAAAAUAUUAUCAAUAUAAAAACUUAUUAAAGUAAACAUAAUUUUAGCUUAAAUUCUGCUUGGAAGAAGUGUCAACAACUUCGUUAAAGAGUGGGUAGUGAUCGGUGGAGACCAUGGAAUUGGCCACAUUUGAAUUAAGUCCUGAAGCCUUAAUUGGUUCAUUGUUUGCAUUGGGUGCCUUAUUUGUUUUUUGUCGUAGCCUGUUGGUUGAAGAUGUUAUAUGUAUACCAGGCAAAAGUAAACAUGGCUGGAAAUCCAUAAAAAUAUUAGAUAGAGCAUGUUAUUGCAACGUAUGCGAAAUUUUAUUAACACCUUCGGCGGGUGUUUUCUGUGAUUGUUGCGGCAUAUGUUCGCAUACGUCGAGGUCUUGUACCCGUAAGGCAGACAAACUGUUCAAGUGUAAGGAGAAAUGGGUGAAGAACGAAAAAUCGAUGCGCCAUUUGUGGGUCAAAGGUAAUCUGCCUUUAAGUGCACUAUGUGAUGCGUGUGGCGAUGAAGUCGAAGAGGUUGGCUUGUGCGGCUGGCGUUGUGCCUGGUGCCAUCGCUGCUAUCACAAUAAUUGCUACAAACGCAUCGAUAUGCGUGGAGAAUGUGAUUUUGGUGAAUUUCGCGAUAUGAUAUUCCCACCCUAUUGCAUAGUGGCGGCUCGUACACGUGAAUCGGUUCGUUUGCAUUUGGCUGGUAUAAAACCACCGACUAUUGAGAAUUGGGAGCCGUUAAUUGUUAUUGCCAAUACCAAGUCGGGUAGCAAUACCGGGUCAGAUGUUGUCUCUUUGUUGCGUGGAUAUUUACAUCCGCUGCAAGUUAUGGAACUAGGUUCACGUGGCCCGCAGGAUGCUAUGCAAUGGGCUGCCAAAGCUAGUCCCCGGCCUUGUCGAGUUUUAGUGGCGGGUGGUGAUGGCACCAUUGGAUGGGUUUUAAAUACGAUUUAUACUCUAAAUAUAAAGCCAAUACCCUCAGUUGCCAUAAUGCCCCUGGGUACAGGUAAUGAUCUCUCACGUGUUUUGGGUUGGGGAUCUGAACCACCAUCUACAUUAGAUCCUUUAAAGAUCUUGAGAAGUAUUAGAAAAGCUCGUUCGAUAAAUCUUGAUCGUUUUGAUUUACAAAUCGAAAAGUUGCAUUAUCGUUUGCCCAUACAAAGGCAACCCAUUAAAACGGUACAUGUUUACAACUAUUUUAGUGUGGGCGUGGAUGCUUUGGUCACCUAUAACUUCCAUCAAACCAGAGAGUCAAAGUUUUAUGUCUUAAGUAGUCGUAUAUUUAAUAAGUUGAUAUAUUUCGGUUUUGGUACUCAACAAAUAGUACAACGUGACUGUGAGGGCAUAGAGCAAAAACUCGAUUUAUAUUUAGAUAAUGAAUUGGUUAAAUUACCCGAAUUACAAUCGAUUGUCUUCCUUAAUAUCGAUUCCUGGGGUGCUGGUUGUAAAUUGUGUGAAUUGAGCAAUGCUGAUGAUACUGUAAAGAUUGUAAAUUCCAUAUCGGAUAGAACUAUGGAAGUGUUUGGCAUUGUCUCCUCGUUCCACAUAGCCCAACUGCAAAUGGGCAUUAGUAAGCCUGUAAGAAUUGGUCAAGCUAAAAAUAUUAAGCUGGUUAUCAAAAGUACUUGUCCCAUGCAGGCUGAUGGUGAACCUUGGAUGCAAUCACCGGCCGAUAUGCAUAUACAAUCCAGGAGUCAAGCUCGUAUGCUGAAAUUAGAAUCUUAAUACAUAUUUUGUAAGCAUUUCAACGUUUAAAACGAUUUUCUCUUAAAUUAAGUCAAAAACAAAACAGGUCCACUAACUUUUUAAAAAGUACAAAUGUACUUAAAUUGGUUAUAUUUUAUUUUUUUAUUUACAUAAACGAGUAAGUGUUUUAUGUUUAAGGAAUUUUAGGUUUUAAUUUAUUAUGAUUUUAAAAACAUAAUUAAGUUUUUAGUGUAAUCAAGAAUCUCCUAGACCCAAAUUUUGUUAAACAUUUUUAUAAAUCUUUGAAUUUUUCAAAUAUUUUUUAGCUUUACUCUUAGAAUAUAAUAAUUUUUCCAAAAUCUGGGUAUAUUUAACUAUUUAUUUUAGUAUUUAAAGUUUUGUGAAAGCAUUUGUUUGUAGUUAGUUUUUAAUAUAUUUAAAUAUUUACUUAAUCAAAAAACUUAAUGUAAUUGUGAAGAAUGAAAUAAUAAAUUAAUUUUAAAUUUAUUAAUAUUUAAUAUAUUAUUGUGUCCAAAUAUUUUGUAUACCCCUCUUAAUAAAAGUAGUUUACAUAUUUAAAAAAUAA